AUGUCGACGGCGUUGGCUUCGUAUCGCGCGGUACAAGGUGGCAGGGCUACUGCUGAGUUCUGGACGAAGCGUGUAGAGGUAGCACCGAUUCGUACUUGGAAUGCCGAAAUACCUGAAAGUCCCGACCAGACAGAGUUCCUUAAGAGAUGGUUCGAAUUCCACCAGGGCUACCGGUUAGUAAAGCGCGAGGAUGGCUCCGAAGAGAGGAGGGCGGUUCUCGGUGAGCCAUGGAAAGACGUUGCCCCUGGAGAGUUGCCUAGAACGCUCGACGAGCUUCGAACGGGAAUCCGUGAGAUACCUGACGACCCAUCCGCGAACCUCCAGGACUGGCUUCAAGAGACAAUGCCCGAGCCCUUCGAGUCGAUUGAAGAUACUCUGAAUGCGCUGCUAGAAGAGUCUGACUCAGAUGCUGAGGAUAGCCGACCUUCACCAGAGGCCGGAUCUGUAGUGAUAGUCGCUGAACCCGAGUUGGAUGCAGAAUCGUCUCCCCUUAUCCAAAGGUCUCCGCGACAGCCGGAUGUAAGACAGCGCGCUCGUCGUGAAGUCAACUCCAACCAGUCUGGACCUCGCCAACUGACAGUGUCUUCCAACGAAGCUGCUCCCCCACAAACUGAGCAACAAGCUCGGCAUGAGGUCGCUCGAAAUCGCUUGGAAGAAGCUCGCCACUCUAGGGAGCGAGCUGCGCUUGCGCUGGAGGAGGCAGAGAGCGAGGUUCAGGCCAGACAAGAAGAGGUCCGACGUAUCGAGCGCGAGCAGAGGACUGCAGAAAACUAUACUCGCGUGUUCGGUACUCGAGAAGAGAUAGAACGACAAGGCGCAGAUUACGAGAGUCCCAUCGGCGGCAUGUUCAACAGGGCCUGGGGCCGGUUUCGAGAGGCUGAAGAACGCCGGAGGGAGGGAGUCCCAGCGCCUCAAGGCGAUCCUUGGAGUAGUGCAGCUCCAGCCCAUUCUAAUCCGACAUCGACACUUACGCCUCCGAGCAAUUCUUCGCUCAAUACAGCACCUCCGCAGUCCACUGCGACGACGAGAUAUGAGCCGGAAUUCUUGACACGUGAGAUUAACCGGAUAUCAAACGAGGUUCUCGACGAUGAAAUGCGUGAGCUCCUUGUACAACGAAGCAUCCUGCAAUCGCUACGAGAUCGCUUAGACCAGAUACAAAGCAGUCCAGUGCAGCAAGAGCUCCAGGAUGUGCCAAGCCAAGGUCUCGAUGGAGGCGACCGUCCUGAGUCGAAGACCGACCAAGAGAUGACCAAGACGGUGGACUGCAAAGUCUGCUACCAGCAAAUAGCAGACACAGCGGUCCUGCCUUGUGGACACAUGGUUAUGUGCCAAUGGUGUGCCGAUGUGCACAUGCCGACCCAUGAGCAUGACAGAACUGCGCUGAAGACGAAGAAGCCGUGCCCGGUCUGUCGAAAGAAGGUCAACAAGCGGGUCAAGAUAUUCCUCGCCUGA